GUCGAAGCGGCUGCAUCUCGAAUUGGCAGCGAGGACCGCCACCCGCGAUAAUCUGCCAUAAUCUGGGCUUCACGACUGGCUCACCGCGUAGGUCAAGAGAACGCGAGUUUUUGCAGGCCACGCAUGGUGAUUUCCAUGAUGGCUGGACAACCAGUGCAAAUCUUGCGAGUCAAGGAAAACCACAGUGUCGAGUUCAACGAAAGUGAGCUCGAGCGCAUUCUCUUGGCUGACAACGUGAAAGAUCGGCCGGUCGUCGUGAUAUCUAUUGCUGGGGCGUACCGACAAGGAAAGUCCUUUCUCCUAAGCUUCUUACUGCGGUACCUGAAGAACAAUGGCGAUCCGACUGGAUGGAAGACACAGAUGCCCCACUCUGUGGCUUUCAUGGCGCCCGGGCGGCACACGCGGGACAACGGGCAUUCUACUUUGGGACAAAGCGUUCUUGAAGCUUGUUUGGUUCGAGACUGGAACUGGCCAUAUGAAUUUGAAUUUGGCUCCCGUGGUGGCAAGUCGCUUAUCGCAAGUCGUCUAGCGAUAACAGAAAAACAAGCUACAGAGCAGAAGACGCUGCGGCAAAGCAUCUUAUCUUCUUUUCGGACAUCGACGGAUUCUGCUGCCCCACCCGGGGAGAAGGUGCAAUCUUUAUCCAAGCAUCGUGUGCUUCAGUAG